AUGAAGAAACUCAUCGAGAAGAGAAACGACCGUUUCAUACAGCCACUGCUUGAAGCAACAUCUAAGCACGAUGACCCGGUGGUACUACUUCAGGCUGCCGCCCGGGAUCACAUUCCUAUUGACCCCUCCUCAAGGUCAUUCAACCAGCUAUCGCAAUCUGGUUCAACAGGAGACCAACGUAUCGUGCCAGACCCUGCUGACCGGCCAACUAUCAAUGCAGUUAUCGAAGAGAUCCAAGAGCAGGAGUGGUACCAAGACCAGGUCGUUGAUAGGCGGAUCGUGGACGCCAAAGACGGUGAUAUUGACGAGCUCGACCAUCCCCUAUCGGAGACUAUUGCGCAAGCCUUGCGGGACUCGCGGAAGAUAACCUCCUUGUAUACGCAUCAAGUCGCUGCAAUCAGGGCCUUGUCUGAAAGCAAACAUGUCAUAGUCUCUACCAGCACUGCGUCUGGGAAGAGCGUCAUAUACCAGGUCCCUGUCUUACGGUUUCUUGAAGAGGACCCGACAUCAACAGCUAUGUUCAUAUACCCAACCAAGGCUCUCGCCCAAGAUCAAAGACUCGCGCUCGAGCAGCUACUAUAUUCAUGUCCAGGCCUAGAACAUAUUCAAGUGUACAAUUACGAUGGUGACACACCGCAAGAGGCUCGAGCAGGCAUACGCGAGUCCGCUUCCGUGAUUUUUACCAACUUCGAUAUGCUGCAUGCUUCGAUCCUCCCGCAUGAAGAUCUGUGGCGAAGGUUUCUGAAGAACCUGAAACUCGUCGCUGUCGAUGAAUUACAUUACUACACCAACAUCUUCGGCAGUCAUGUCGCCCAGGUCAUGCGUAGAUUUCGCAGAGUGUGUGCUGCCGUUGGUAAUAGGAGGACUCGCUUCGUAUCUUGCAGUGCGACCAUCGCAAAACCUAAGCAGCACAUGCAGAAUAUCUUCGGCAUUGAGGAUGUCGAGGAGGUCACGGAAGACGGUGCCCCAUCUGGUCGUAAAGACUACUUGGUGUGGAACCCUCCACUCAUAGACCCUAUGGACGAGACGUCUGGUCGUCGUGGUUCGUUGACAGAAGCUACGCGGUUGAUGAGACUCUUGAUGGCCCGCGGCAUUCGUGUCAUCCUGUUCUGUAAGAUCCGGAAGACUUGUGAAUUGGCCAUGAAAGCUCUGCACACUGAACUCGCGGCUGACGGUCGGCAAGACAUUCUGGAACGCGUCAUGGCAUAUCGCGGAGGCUACUCACAAUACGAUCGACGCAAGAUCGAGAAGGAAGCAUUCUCCGGAAAUCUACUAGGCAUUGUCGCCACGAAUGCCUUGGAACUGGGUGUCGACAUCGGUGUCCUGGACGCCGUCAUCAUGCUUGGGUUUCCAAUAGGGGGCCUAGCUAGCUUUCGUCAGCAGGCCGGUAGAGCGGGUCGGCGAGCCCGAGAUGCGUUGGCCGUCUUCGUCGCAGAUCAGUUUCCUAUCGACCAGCACUACGUCAAGAAUCCUUCAGAGCUAUUUGACAAGCCCAUGAAUGAGCUCGUUAUUGACCUGGAUAGUAAUGUCAUACUAGAGGCACACUUACAGUGUGCGGCGCAUGAAAUGCCUCUCAUGGAUGAUGACGAAGUCUACUUCGGCCCGAGUAUGAGAGAGAUCUGCGAAACACGGUUAACCAGGGACAAGGAUGGAUGGUACCAUACACAUCCGAAGUUCCUGCCGUUCCCAGCUAAGCAUAUCUCCCUUCGAGGUGGAGAAGAAGAGAAGUAUAGUGUCAUAGACGUGACCAGAAUGGGCAAACCCGGAGGCCAUCCUCAUAUCCUCGAAGAGGUCGAGGUUUCAAGAGCUCUCUUCGAGCUGUAUGAAGGCGGAGUGUUCAUACACCAAGGAUUGACGUUCAUCGUGAAAGAGAUUAGCCAUGACUCAAAGACCGCCAGACUUUUGCGCUCGGAUGUAAAUUGGAUCACCGAACCGAGGUUAGUAUUACUACAGACAUUGCACAACUCAUAUGUUACAUUCGUGAAGGGACUUCACAAUAUUGACGCGGCCCAGACGUAUCGCAUCCGAGAGAUCAAGGAUCGCCGUGGCGCGCAUACUAUGGCCGUACGUGUCGAGUUAAAGACCGUCGUCUUUGGUUACUUCAAGAUCAGGAACAAGGCUAUAAUUGAUGCCGUCGACCUCGACACCCCGCCUUGGGAGCGCACAAGUACGGGAAUGUGGAUGGACGUGCCGAGACCGACUCUCGAUCUCAUGAAGAACUGCGGCAUCAAUGCUGCAGAAGCCAUUCAUGCAGCAGAACACGCAUUCAUGAAUCAAUUUGCGCUAGCAGCAGACCUGAAAACAGAGUGCAAGGUGGCUGAAAAGGAGUACAAGGCAACUACUUCUCAGAGGAAGCGACCGGCGCGCUUGAUUUUCUAUGACCCUACUGGAACAAACGGCGGCGUCGCCGUCAAAACGUUCGACCAUGUAUCCGACCUCUUGCAGAGGGCUCUUGACACCGUCGAAUCCUGUCCUUGUCAGGAAGGCUGCGCAGCAUGCAUCGACAGUCCUACAUGCAAAGAAGGCAAUCUAGUGUCAUCCAAGACUGGGGCCCUGGUCGUCCUCAAGGCCAUCCUUGGACGUCCUAUUGACGUAGAUCUCAUACCGGAGUAUCCCGAACCCAUUGCUGCCACCCAGGACACAAUCAUUCCAGCGACGGCUGUACGAGCCGCUGAAGGGAUCGAGGUGGAGAAGGCGUAG